UUUUGGAGAACAACCACUCAGGGGGCAUUGAAGCAAUUUGGAAAUUUUUUUUUUCCAGAUAUAAUUAAUUAGUUAACCGACUGUCGGUAAAUAACUUUAAUGCCAGAAAGAAUCAGAAGAGAUUGACCAAUUCCAUGGAACCGUCUGAAUCGGAUUCCCUUGCCUGCAUUUUCUGCCUCUCUCCCUUUUCCUCUCCUUUAGUUCUUUUCGUUUCUUUGACCAUUUACAGACACACUCUCUCUCUCUAGGGUCUCUUCUUCUUCACCACCCUCCCCUCUGUUUUCCAUCAACUCAAACAGUGUCUCUCUCUCUCUGUCUCUGAAAUGGCGAGUUUUACUUCGCUUUCCUCUUCAAUGUCUGACGCUCCAAUGAUCUUAGUUCCCGCGUAUUCAUCUUCUUCUUCUUCUUUGGGAGCUGGAGUCGAGGAUGCUUUCGAAGACGACGCCUGCAGUAUUUGCCUCGAUCCUUUCACCCCUCAAGACCCUGCUACUGAUACCUGCUGCAAACAUGAAUAUCAUCUUCAGUGUAUUGUUGAAUGGUCACAGAGAAGCAAAGAGUGCCCGAUAUGCUGGCAGCUUCUUGUACUGAAAGACCCUGCCAGCCAAGAGCUUCUAGCUGCUGUUGAGACUGAGAGGCUUUUCAGGCCAAGGAACUCUAACCCUGCGUCCAUGAUCGUUCAUCAUUUGGAUGAAGAUUAUGAUGUAGAGCAGGAUUCCUAUUCAGAUGACUCUGAUUUCGACGAUCAUGUUAUGCAGCAUCUAUCUGCUUCUGCUGCCAGCAGAGCUCGUUAUGUUUGCAAAAGGGAGAGGCAUAGGUCUACCGGACUUGGUCCCUCCCAGGUUCUUGUCUUUACCUCUCCUGAACAUGUAUCCACUGUUCAGCAAACAUGCACUUCACCAGAAGAAGGUCAAAUUUUAAGUUAUGGGUCAUCAGUGAUUAAUUCAUCAACUCCUGGUACACCAUCAGUUAAAAUUCAAAAUUUGUCAUCCGUGGCCCCUCCUGUUGUGAACCAAGUCUCCACCACUGCUGUCAAUAGCCCUUUUAAACCCAGGAUUCUCUUUAGACAGCCACCAAUUGAUCCUCCCCAGGGGCAAGGCUCAUCAGAUUUGUCAUCUCUCUCAGAAUCUAUUAAAUCUAAAUGGUUUGCUGCUUCAGCCAGGUACAAGGAAUCACUUUCAAAAGGUACCAGAGGUAUGAAGGAAAAGCUACUUGCAAGGAAUAAUUCAGUUAAGGAGCUGAGCAAAGAAGUUCAGAGGGAGAUGAGUGCAGGCAUUGCUGGUGUUGCACGAAUGAUUGAGCGCUUGGAUCUUACUUCAAAACGCGCUGGACCCUCCAUGUCUGAUUCUGAUUUUACUAGGGGGACAUCAAAUUUCUCCUGGAAGGGUAAGGGUGUGGAACAGAACAUCAUUGCUCAGGCUUUGGCCAAACAAAGUGAGGAAAUUGCUCAUGAUACAAGUUUAGGUGCUUCCUCACAUGCCUCUGCUACUGUCCCAGCCCAAGUGGAAAUCUCCCAUGCGCAGGUUUGGAAACCACUGAAGUUUUAACAUAACCUCCAUUGCCAUAACAGAUUGGUUCCAGUAUGUCAAAUCUGAAGUGCUGACGUUUAACAAUAUUUUCCAUGUCAUUAAAAUAUUUAUGCCAAUUGAUAGUGAUAAACAUGGAAGCUAACCACCUAGGCGCAUAUAGUAUCAGAACAUCUGUGCCUUUCUUCUCCCCUCGUUUUACAGAGAGGUCAUUGACACCAUGGCGCUUUGACCUGGUAGCUUGACUCUGUUUGAUCUUAUCAUCUAAGAAGGCAUAUGAUGCAAGUGACGUGCUGUGAAGAAACCAAGUGCCUGUUGGUUUGCGUCCUGCAUCGAAUAUUUAUGCACAGCAACGCCCACGCCCCGUUAAUUGACCAAGAAUGACUUGCUGUCCUGGGAUACCUUUUCCUUUUGUCACAAUAAACUGUUUGAAGAGUUUAAGAUAGAUUAAUAUAUGAAUUCUUUUCAUUA